AAAGUGGCAAAAUCCAUGGCAUCUGACAAAGUCCAGCUUCCUUUCGUAUUUAUUACGUGCCACGAGCGAAAGCUUCGUAAACAGUAAACAAACACCACUGGCCCUGGCCUUGAAUGCCCCAACAUGUACGCCAUGGAGAUUCUCUUCUCUCUGCAAUUAAUCUUGAUCCACCCACCCAUCAAACUCUUCACUCUCCAUCAUCACUCUCUCACUUUCACUCCCUCUCACUGAAACCUCAACCUUAGAUCUCUCCCAAUGAAAGACAACGAAAACAGCAGCAUCAACAUGUCAUCGCUGGCCAAGACAGACUCCGAGGUCAGCAGCCUCACACAAUCCUCCCCGGGGAGAUCGUCUCCCCGGCGCAACGCCUACUUCGUCCAGAGCCCAUCACGUGAAUCUUCCAACGACAACGACGCUGAGAAGACCACCAACUCCUUCCACUCAAGCCCGAUCCAGAGCCCACAAGGCUCCCCUCCUCACUCUCAUUCGAACUCCUCCGUGGGUCUCCACUCUCGUGAGUCUGCCUCUACACGCUACUCGCGCAAGACAGCCCGCAAGACCCCGUGGAGGCCCAGGAGGGAUCCCAUCGAGGAGGAAGGUCUCCUCGACCCCCAUGACGAAGCCCAACUAGGCUUCCCACGCCGCUGCUAUUUCCCCGCAUUUGUCUUAGCCUUUGUCCUCCUCUUCUCCUUCUUCGCUCUCAUUCUCUGGGGCGCUAGCCGGCCCCAGAAACCAUCCAUUUUACUCAAGAGUAUAACAUUUGAUCGAUUUGUUCUUCAAGCGGGUGCUGAUAUGUCAGGUGUUGCAACCAGCUUGGUAUCCAUGAAUUCCACCGUGAAAUUAAUUUUUCGCAACACGGCUACAUUUUUCGGUGUCCAUGUGACCUCAACUCCCUUAGACAUCAGUUAUUAUCAGCUUACUCUAGGCACCGGAAAUAUGCCUAAGUUUUAUCAAUCAAGGAAAAGCCAGAGAUCUAUUAAGGUGACAGUGAAAGGGAGUCACAUUCCCUUGUACGGAGGGGGAGCGAGCUUGAGCAGCACGAGUGGCGGGGCGCCGGCGGAGGCGCUGCCAUUGAAGUUGAGAGUGAUGGUGAGGUCAAGGGGUUAUGUGUUAGGGAAAUUGGUGAAGCCAAAGUUCAACAAGAAGAUUGAGUGCAGCGUGGUUAUGGAUCCGAAGAAGAUGGGUGCGCCCGUUUCGCUAGUGAACAAGUGCAUUUACGAGUGAAGUCAGUGCCUUGUGACAUAUAUAAUGGUAUAGUAUAUUUAAUGGGUGGUGGGUGCAUUAGACUUGGACUGAGUAUUAAUCAGACUCCGUGGGAGGCGUGAGAAUUGAGAAGUGAUGCAGUUUUCUUUGGCUUCACUCCUCAUGUGUCUGCUCUGUUUUGUCUUUCUUUGGAUGAAAUUUGCAUGGAACUGCCUAAACUGUAAUUUCAAUUGAGUAUAAUUUUUAUGAGUCAUACUCAAUCAAACCACCUCACAUAUAAUAUUAAGUGUGAUUACAUUCCUACUUAAUAGUAAUUAAAAAAAAUUGUUGUGGCCCGGAAA